GCUGCUGCUCUGCCAUCGGCUCCCCGCGCGCAGGUCUGCGGGGAGGGGCGGCCUGCUGAAAGGCCCACCCCUGGGCGUUCCUGAAGGGCGCCUCGGCCGCCCCUCACCGCCCCCCAGAUGUACUAUGCGGUUUCCCAGGCGCGCGUGAACGCGGCCCCCGCGACCAUGCUUCGGCCACAGCGGCCUGGAGACGUGCAGCUCGGGGCCUCCCUGUACGAGCUGGUGGGCUACCGGCAGCCGCCCUCCUCCUCCUCCUCCUCCACUUCCUCCUCCUCCACGACGGCCCCCCUCCUCCCCAAGGUGGCGCGCGAGAAGCCGGAGGCGCCAGCCGAGCCGCUGGGCACAGGAUCCGGGCCGGGUGCGCACGCGGGCGGAGGCUCCCGGGCGGACGCCAAAGAGGAGCAGCAACAGCAGCUGCGGCGCAAGAUCAACAGCCGCGAGCGGAAGCGCAUGCAGGAUCUGAACCUGGCCAUGGACGCGCUGCGCGAGGUCAUCCUGCCCUACUCCGCGGCGCACUGCCAGGGCGCGCCCGGCCGCAAGCUCUCCAAGAUCGCCACGCUGCUGCUCGCCCGCAACUACAUCCUGCUGCUAGGCAGCUCGCUGCAGGAGCUGCGCCGCGCGCUCGGCGAGGGCGCUGGGCCCGCUGCGCCGCGCCUGCUGCUGGCCGGCCUGCCCCUGCUCGCUGCCGCGCCCGGCUCUGUGCUGCUGGCGCCCGGCGGGGGGCCGCCCGACGCGCUGCGCCCGGCCAAGUACCUGUCACUGGCGCUCGAUGAGCCGCCGUGUGGCCAGUUCGCGCUCCCCGGCGGCGGCCCGGGCGGCGGCGCGAGCAGCCCCGGCCUCUGCACCUGCGCUGUCUGCAAGUUCCCGCACUUCACGGUGUCGAGCGUAGCAGACGAAACGACCCUCAGCGGCUGGACGAUUGGCAUUGCAGUGCCGCGGGAGGGGGAAUGA